GUGUUUUCCGGAAAAUGUUUAGUUGCUUUAUGACUGCUACCGUCAAUGCAUUGAGUUUUGGAAAGUUCCCCCUUUUUCCGGCGCAACUUGGCGCGCAAGAGCGUUUUGAAACAAGUUGCAAAAUUUACGGCGUACGGACGUUUUAUCGUUUAAGUGACAAAAUGUGGCAUUUAUUGACAAUUUACAUCUUUUAAUUGUGUUUAAAAACAAAUAUAACGGGACUAAAACUAGUAGUUGCGGGAAAUUCGAAUCAUCAUGUCAUCAUUGUGGACAUUCCAUAUACUUGUACUUGUGUUAGCAGUUUGGGUGACAAGCCUAGUGUCAGUUAAUUCAGAUGCAUUAGCAACCUCAUCAGAAGUUCCAGCGUUUGCAGAACCUAUACCAAACACAACAGCAACUGUUGGUCGUGAAGCAAUAAUGAAAUGCACGAUCGACAACCUAGACACAUAUAAGGUAGCUUGGAUAAAAUUGGAUACCCAAACCCUACUGAGCUAUCAUAUUCACGUGAUAAGCAGAGAUAAGAGAUUGAAAAUAACCAACAGCAAUCAAAGACAAUGGUUUCUUCAUAUCAAAGAUGUAAAUGUCUCAGAUAGAGGCUAUUACAUGUGCCAAAUUAAUACCGAGCCCAUGAUAAGUCAAGCUGGAUAUUUGGAUGUAAUGGUUCCACCGUCCAUUGUAGAGGAUGAGACGAGCACUGAUACUGUUGUAGAAGAGAGAGCGAAAGUGAGUCUUCGUUGCGGAGCUUCUGGAUAUCCAGCUCCUCAGAUAUCGUGGAGGAGAGAAAACUCAAAAGAUAUAAAUCUGGGCCCUGUCGGCAACACCAGGAACAUAGUGCAAAGAGUAGAAGGUGAAUAUUUGAACCUUACCCAAGUAAAUCGGGAAGAUAUGGGUGCUUAUCUGUGCAUUGCUAAAAAUGGUAUUCCUCCUUCUGUAAGCAAAAGAAUUCUUUUGCAAAUAAACUUCCAACCGAAGAUCCGAGUGGCAAAUCAAGUAGUUUACGCUGCCGGAGGAACAGAAGCAAUUUUAGGUUGUCAUUUGGAGGCGUCUCCUCGACCUUUGACGUCUUGGAUUAGACACGAUGAAGCUGUUCUUAUAAGCAACAACAAAUACGAAAUACAAGAGAUUGAAGAUUCCUACAAGAUUUUGAUGCAAUUAAAAAUAAAAAAUAUAUCCGAUGAUGAUUUUGGACAUUAUAAAUGUGUAGCGAAAAAUACUUUCGGAGAUAAAGAAGGAUUUGUCAGAUUGAUUGAAAUAGUGACAACAACAACUACCACUCUAUCAACCCUUGCAUACAAGAUUUAUGUGCCCGUACAAAGAGUUGUGACUGAAAUGUAUGUUGCUCAAGAUGGAACAACGGAAAACAAAAAGGAAUUUGGGUCUCCUACAACGAAUUCCUUAAGAGACGAAUCGCAAGUCCUAUCUUCAGAAAAAGUAUUAAAACCUGGAAAAAUCGAAAGCCGUAUGGAAGAAGAUAAGCACAGAACCACUGGAGAGCAUCGAACUAAACACACCAAAAAAGCAACUUCUGCUUGCAUUUCUCUGAAUAUAUCGUGCUAUGAAAUAUUCAUCAUCUUUUUCAUCAGUUCGAUCUACAAUAAAUCCUUUUUCAAAUAAUUUUUCAACUGCUCAACAUGUUUCAGCAUCUUUCAAUUACGUUUUCAUUCAUUUAAAAUGACUAAAAUGACACCAGGAGUUAUUAUGUGAAUUUCCAAAGCACAUAAAAUAUUUCAUUAAAGUCAUUAACUAAAAAUAUAAAAAUUAAGACAAUCUGUUUCAGAAUUGUACACAGGGUAGAAUGAUCUCAAACAAAUAAUUCGAAAUGGAAGCUUCAAAAAUUGACAACAUUGAUUACAUUAUGAUCAAGUUUUAUAUGUAGAGUGUUGAUAUACUGUAAAUAUUAUUACUGCUUGUUUUUAUAUUUUCAGUUGAACUGUACAAUAAUUUUUAUGCUUAAUAUGAUUAUGAAAAUCAAUUUGGAAUUUACUAUUGUUAUUUAUACAUUUUUGGUUAGUUUUAAAUAUUUGACCUGAUUAAAGUAUAUAAAAUUUUAUUUAAAUAUUGUAUAUAUGUGCCAAGCUAAUGUUAUACAAAUAUGAAUAUUUAAAUGAUCUGAUGUUUAUG